AGAGCGCGUUGCCGAACUGGCAACAUCGAUAUACAUAUAUAUAUAUCUUGUCUCUCAAUUAUUAUAAUCUAAAUAAAUAAUAACUAACAUUAUAAAUUAAAAUCAAAUUCAAUUUUAGUGAAUUUUGAAAAUAAAAAUAAUUUCAAUUUUUAGUGAAUUUUUUUUUUCAAGUGAAGAACAUUUUUCUUUUCCUUGUUUCUGUUUCAUUUAUUUUAUUUUUGUGAAUUAAAACGAAUUUAAAUUUUUGUAUAAAAUAGUUUGACUAUUUCAAAAUUGAAAUAGUUUGAAAUACAAGAGUAAAUGUGAUUGAAAUAAACUUUCUAUAAUUAAAAUAUUGGGUCUCUCUCUCUCUCUUGUUAUACAAAAGUUUUACCAUUAGUGAGAACAAUAAUCUAUUAUUAACUAAAUAACAAUAUUGAAGGAAUUUUUUUUUAUUGAGUGAUGUUUAUUAACAAAAAAAAAAGGUGAAGUGCGAGUAUAAUAUACAAAAAAAAAAGUAAUAUUGUGAAGUGAAUUGAUUUUUCUUUUUGGAAAAUAAAAGAAAAUUUUUCAAAAUGACGGAGCCUUUACCAAGGGAUGUGGAUGCUCAUAUUGUGACACUUUUAAGUAAAAUUUCAGCUUUGAGGGAUAAUAAUCAUGAGCUGGUGGUCCAAAGAAGACCGUCGAUGUCGAUUGAAGUGUGGAGUUUAGAACUUUGGAGGGCCGUUGCUGUCGAGUGUUUUGCAACUUUUCUCUUUAGUUUCGUAGUUUCCGGUACUACAAACGCUUCUAAUGUUUAUGGUAGUGGAUUAUCAGUCUUGUCCACUGCAGUCGCCGCUGGUCUUGGCAUUGCGGCUAUUUCACUUAUUUUUGGGCCCAUCAGUGGGGGACAUGUAAAUCCUGCGGUAUCCGUGUCCUUUGCUUUGGCCAAUAGAAUAUCACCACUUCGAGCUGCCCUUUAUAUUGCAGCUCAAUGUGGUGGAGGAAUAGCAGGAGCUGCCAUGAUGUAUGGAGUGACAAUUCAUACUGCAACGCAAUCCGGAAGAUUGGCGGGUCCAAUUGAAAGACUACUAGUCGAAUUAUCUCUUUCAAUUUUAAUUGUUUUGGCCCAUUUCACUGCCGACUCAAGAAGAAAUUUGCCCGCAUUUUUAACAACCAAACCUGCUGCUGUUUUAGCUGCAGCAUACGCAUCAGCGACUCUUGUUCAUAAUCCAAAUUUAAAUCCAGCACGAGCAUUGGGCCCGGCAUUUGUCAUGAACAAAUGGGACUCCCAUUGGGUGUAUUGGGUUGGUCCAAUAGCCGGUGGAGCAAUAGCAGUUCUCCUUCACGAAUACGUUCUAAAUCCAAGAAGAUCACGAGACUCGCGUGAGAUGGACGACGGUGAUAAUUCAUCGAUUCGAUCAGACGAGGACACCUACGACGACUUGGACAAACAAACAGGACCAAAAUUCCCUGGAACAUACGCGACCUAUAGACCCGUUGCUGGUGCAUCGUCCUCAAUCUAUAGUCCUCCGCCAUCAGCCCUCGAACGUGUCGAGUCCAUUUACGGUGGCACCAAAUCCCUCUACUGCAAAUCCCCACCUUUGACCAGGGCUAAUUUGAACCGAUCUCAAAGCGUCUACGCUAAAUCCACAUCAGGCACCAGGGACGGCCUAAUGUUCCCAAAACCAGGACCCCUUGUUCCAGCACAAAGCCUAUAUCCAAUAAGAAUUGGUACACACACCUCGCAAAAUUUCAUCAAUCGUGAAACAACAACACCUCAUCAUCAUCAAAAUUCACAAAGUUCACAAACCAAUACUCAAAGUCAAUCACAAAAUCAUAACAGUACAAAUCAAAAUAUGCAAAAUCAAUUACAACAAUGUACUCAAAGUAUUUAUGGUGUUAGAGGAAUUUCAACAAGUCUCAGUACUAGGGAUAAUGGCGUUUACGGUGUUUCAACUGGAACGAAUAUUUAUGGACGAGCACCAGCUCCACCACCAGAGAGGCAAAGUUCUCAACAAAGUACACCAAGUCAAUCGUCAACACCACAAAUUCCUCAAAAUCAUCAAAAUCAAAAUCAAGCUAAUGGACCACUUAAUACAAGUGACAAUGGCAGUAGUUCAAGACGACCGGAAAGUAUGUAUGGUCACACUGCAAGACGUAGUGAUGAUUCUGCUUAUGGCAGCUAUCAGAGUUCAAAUAGGGGAAAUUAUGGAAAAACACCUGGACCACCUCCACCACUACUAAAUGGACCACCAUGUCCUCCUCAAUAUAGAGAUGGAAGGCCAAGUCCUGCUGGACCAAUUCAACAAAAUCAGCACAGCAAUUUUCAGAGAAAUUCACCUAAUCCACAGUACUGAUGUCAUCAGUUGCAUCGCAAAAAAUCGCGAUCUAAUCGAGUCAAUCGAGCGGAAUUGUUUUUCUAAAUGAAUUUUGGUUUCAAAAUUCAUUUUUCUUUUGUAUAUUUAAAAGACUGGACUUUUAGGGAGAAUUAUUAUCAAAAUGUUCAAAAUUGACGUCAGACGUUAAUUUGUUGGAAAAAAAUUAAAUUAUUUAUAUAGCACGAUAAAUCUGACAAAAAUUUAUGUAAAUUUGAUUUUAAGAACGAUGCUUUUCAAAAAAAUUAUUCAACCUCAAUUUUGCAAUAUUCUAAUGAAAAAAAAAAAAAAAUGAAACUCUUCUUUCAAACAGAAAAAAAUAAAAAGUAACAUUUCUAAAAUAAAUCCAAUUUGCAAAAUUUAUACUUAUAAAAGAGACUGUCACAUACAAGUGAUUCAACUAUUAUGCUUUGUCGAAAAUUAAUGCUGCAAAAUUUUAAUGGAGAAAAUAAUAAGUAAAAUACAAAAAACUAAAAAAUUAUAUCAUUUUCAUAACAUACUAAAAGAAACAAAUUAUUUAGUUUUUUUUCUAAAUAUUUAAUUUAGUUUUUUUAAAAUAUAUAAUAUGGUAUUAAAAGUAAUUAGGUUAUUAAAAUAAUUUUAUUAUAUUUUUAAAAAUAUUAUUAAUACAAUAAUUAUUUGAUAAAAAUAUCAUUAUAAUAAAAUCAAAAAAAAAAAAUAAAUAAAUGUUCCCUCAAAUUUUCAUUUAAUUUUAAAGCAUAAUUUUCGACACAAAUUUUUGUUAGCAGUCGUUAAUAAUUUUUUAUCUAUUGAAUAAUGUUUCUUCUUAAAUUUUUUGUUUUGUCUUUUUUUUAAUUAAAACAUUUACCAAGAAAAUAACGUCUGACACGAACAUGGGUAAAAAGUUAAAAAAAAUCUCUCAAAAUUGAGAUCACUAAAAAUGAAGUGAAUAUUUUUUACUAUUCUGAUAAAUUUUGUUUGAAAAAUUUUCUCGCAUAUUUCAUCUAAAUAUUUCUCAAUGAGUAUUAUCAAAACCCCAUUUUUUACUUUUUUAAAAAUUCUACUUUUUUAGAACUUAAUUAUUAUUUUACUCCUCAUACAUUAUAAGAAAAUAGUAAAAAAAUUUCCUUUUUUUUAAACAUUUAUUAAAAAAAAAAAAAAAUUCAGUAAAAUAAUAAUGAAGUUUUAAAAAAAAUUGCUUUUUGAUUUUGUGAUCUUUAAAAUAUAUAAGACAAAUAAGACUAUAAUUUUUUUAAGGUAAAAAAAUAUUUUUUACCUUUAUUUACAAUGGUUAUAGACACCAAAACACACUGCCAUAAUCGACAAUGAAAAUUAAUAACUUUUGUUAAUUAAAAUUUUUCUUUUACAUUAACAUUGUAAAGAAAAUAUUUUUUAUUGUCGAUGUUAGUGCAUUAUUUAGACAUAUACGAUUGCUCUCAAAUUAAAAAUUGAGAAAUAUCAAUAAUUUAAUAUAUAUGGCUGUAUAGUAAAAUGAUAAAAUUAGAUAAUUGUUUAUAAGCUUAAUUUUACAUUUUUUUCGAUUUAAGUUUAAGUAUUUUUAAUUUUUGUAAUUAUAUUUUAUACAUUUUUUUAUUAUUUAAGUCUAUUAAUCAUUGUUUGUUAGAUUUUUGACGACUAGAGUCAUCAUUUAAUAGAAUAGUCUCAAAAAAAUAGUAUUUUUUGUACGUAAAAUUUGGGAAAUUUUUCAAAAAAUUUUUCCUUCAUUUUUAGAGUAAUAUUAAUAAAUAUUUUUGUUGAAAAAAAAAAUUGAGACUUAUUCUAUUAUAAACAAUAAUCUAACGACUCUAACGAUUUUUUGUACAUAUUAAUUGUAUUUAUUAUUUUUUAUCUAGACUUAGAACAAUUAUUGUUACUUAGAUGUACGUGAAAAUGAUCCAAAUGUGGACAAU